UGAGCAUCCUGAGCUCUCUGCUCCUGCUGUUCGCCGGGACUUUUAAACUCUCAGCUUGGAGCUCAAGAAGCACACCGUGAAGAAGGAUUUAACAGCCACAGGUGUGCCAGUCUUUCUACAACAGGAUGAACAUGAUCCGGGGGACGGUGCUGAUGGCUUUGUAUGUGACUGUCACCUCAGCCACAUAUGAUGUUUAUGAGCAGCAGUCCUAUAUGGACCCAGAGGAUGUACUGAGUGUCAUCAUUCUCCUGGAGGGUCCACAGCGCCCUCUGCUGGGGGGAACGCUGAUGUUACCGUGCCACUUUGAGGAUCACACUGUUGACGACCCUGGCGCUCCCACCAUUGCCCCCUUGUCUCAUCGGAUCAAAUGGAGCUUUGUGACUAAAGAAAAGGCCACAACCAUCAUUGUUGCCCAGGGGGGGAAAGUGCAUAUCACUGAGAAGUACCAGGACAGAGUCCAGCUGGUAGCUUAUCCUGGGACCCCGACAAACGCUAGCAUCAGGAUAUCUGAGCUGCGUUCCAGUGACACGGGAGUGUAUCGCUGUGAGGUUCAGCACGACAUCGAGGACAACCACAGCAUCGUGCACGUCCAGGUUCAAGGCACUGUGUUCCACUACAGGGCCAUCAUGGGACGCUACAGUUUGACUUUUGAAAAGGCGAAGGCAGCGUGCACCCAGAAUAGUGCAGUAAUGGCUUCACCUGAACAGCUCCAAGCGGCGUACGAUGACGGUUUUCACCAGUGUGACGCUGGCUGGCUCUCUGAUCACACAGUCAGGUACCCAAUCCAGAGUCCUCGUAUGAACUGCUAUGGUGACAAAGUAGAACUGCCUGGAGUCAGGACCUACGGCGUGAGGGAUCUCAAUGAGACUUAUGAUGUUUACUGCUUCGCUGAGAAGAUGACAGGCAGAGUUUUCUACACUGCGACUGCAGAGAAGUUCACCUUCUCAGAGGCUGUGUUGGCAUGCUCUAAUAAGGGUGCUCAGCUGGCCACUACAGGUCAGCUGUACCUGGCCUGGCAAGGAGGGAUGGAUGUCUGCAACGCUGGCUGGCUCGCAGACAGGAGUGUCCGCUAUCCCAUCAACAUUCGUAGGCCACAGUGUGGAGGCGGGCUGAUCGGGGUACGGACUGUCUAUCUUCACGCAAACCAGACAGGAUAUCCUCUUCCCGAGUCUCGCUGUGACGCCUUCUGUUACACAGAAUCGACUGAUGAAGACGGCUCAGGCAUGACAGAAGAGGGCAGCGGUGUGCCGCGAGUCACCACAGUGACACAGAGCCCAGAGGUGUUCUUCAGGAGCACGACGACAGAGAGUGAGGCUGCCGGAGAGGUGGAGACUAUGAUGCCUACUAACGUGGACUUCACCUACACAGAAAGCCCCACCGACCCGCCUCUGGCUGAGCUGCCAAACAUCACCGAGUCUGUCACUAAUCUGAUACAGUCAGCCACAGCACAGCCGGAUGUUGGCAGGGAGCCACACAAAGGCUUUGUGAUACCUCCAAGCGGCGUGGUCUUCCAUUACCGUUCAGCUGCAGGCCGCUACGCUUUCACCUUUGUCGAGGCCCAACAAGCCUGCCAGAGUGUUGGAGGCUCAAUCGCCACGCCUCAGCAGCUGCAGGCAGCGUAUGAAGCUGGAUACCAGCAGUGUGACGCAGGUUGGCUACUGGAUCAGACUGUAAGGUAUCCUAUCGCUUACCCUCGAGAAAGCUGUGUUGGAGAUCUGGGAGAUCGACCCGGGGUUCGAUCCUACGGUCUGAGGCCAGCACACGAGAGAUACGAUGUGUACUGCUACACUGACGGGCUCAAAGGAGAGGUUUUCCACAUUGAAUCAGCUGAAGGUUUCACUUACAGUGAGGCUGUUCGUAGCUGUCAAGAGCAGAACGCCACAGUGGCCUCCACAGGACAUCUCUAUGCUGCCUGGAAAAUGGGCUUUGACAAGUGCCGUGCAGGCUGGCUACUAGAUCGCAGUGUGCGCUAUCCCAUCAACAAUCCACGUGCGGAGUGCGGAGCGGGGAAAAUAGGAGUGCACACUGUGUACAAUCACCAGACUGGCUAUCCUGAACUUGAUGCCAGAUUUGAUGCUUACUGUUUCAGAGCUGACGUUCGGCUUAUUGCAGAUGAAACUGGACUGAACGUCACAGAAAUUGAGGAGGCUCUACUAAAUCUGACAUCAGCUACCCAUUUGUUACGACCUGCUGUUCCCUCCAUAUCUCCUCCCAUCAAUGUAGAGAAUUCAGGCUCUGGUUCAGGCUCAGGAGACACUUCUGUAGUAGAUUACACAUCUGGAGGUCACUCUGGAGAAUCGUCUGGAUCUGGACAGCCAUGUUUGUCUGCAGACGAGAUUUUCUCCUCUGGUUCUGGAGAUAAGGCUACUUCUGGAGAUGGCUCUGCUUCUGGAGACCUCCCUUCCUCUGGCUCUGGAGACCUGGCUGGCAGUGCGCAUGCUGACCUACCCAGCGGAGAAUCAGGUCCCAGUAGUACAGAUGUUUCUGGAUCAGGUAGUGGAGAAGGGUCCACGAUCAGUAUUUGUUUUUCAGGCACUGACUCCACUCCUUCAGGCGAGGACUCAGGUUCUGGAGGACCUCAAGAAGCUGGAGAGGGAAGCACAGAGAUCCUUACUUUCCUUUCAUCUGAUGUGGGAUCUGGAGUGCUGAGUGGUAGUGGGGAUGCGUCCUGGUCUGGAUCUGGUUUCAGUUCUACAGAAAGUGGUUCUUCCACAGACAUGUCCUCUGGUUUCGUCACUGGUCAGGAGUUUUCUGGCUCUAGCAGUUUUCCAUCCAAAUUUUCCUCUGGAAGUGGUAGUGGACAGUCAGGAGAGCUUUCAGGGAGUGGAGACGCUCAGAUCUUAUUGAUAGAUGAUAAACUGAUUGAUGCAACCACCUCCAGUAAAUACAGUGAGCUUAGUGGAGACUUCUUCAGUGGCUCUGGGGACAUUUCAGGAUCUGGCGUUCUCAUUUGUGAUCUUAAUGGAGAUUGCAGUGGUGACCUCAGUGGAGACCUCAGUGGGGACCUCAGUGGUGAUCUCAGUGGGGACCUCAGUGGAGACGUCAGUGGGGACCUCAGUGGGAACCUCAGUGGUGAUCUCAGUGGGGACCUCAGUGGGGACCUCAGUGGAGACGUCAGUGGGGACCUCAGUGGGAACCUCAGUGGGGACCUCAGUGGGGACCUCAGUGGGGACCUCAGUGGAGACGUCAGUGGUGAUCUCAGUGGGGACCUCAGUGGGGACCUCACUGCCUCGGCCUCGGAAGGGGUCUUUGAAUUUUUCCCUGGUGUGACUUUGGUGGGUUCAGGGUUCACUGAGCUGACAGGGUCAUCGUCUGGAGUGGAGGAGGAGGCGUCUGGGGUUUUACUCUACAGUUCUGCAGAGGGAAGUGGUGGAUAUCUGUCUGGAUUUGGAAGCUCAAGUUUUCAUUCUCUGUCUGGAUCAGGACUUUCUGCAUACGAGUCCUCUACAAGUGGAGGAGGAGGCAGUGUUAUCUUUCAGUCUGAGGAUCUAAUGACAAAGGUAUCUGAAAACACAUCACCAGAGGACUCAGGCACGCUGUUUUCGGAGCUUGGUAAGGGGCCGUUGGAGUACAGUGGAGAAGGAAGUAGUAGUGGCAGUGGUUCUUACCCUGGGAGUGGAGACUCUGACUUAUCUGCUGCCAGCACGACUUUUUCAGAAGGCCCUUCUAGGCAUCUGCCAGUGGCCUAUCCCAUCAUUGAGUGCAAUGUGACAGAGAGCACCACAGGACCACAGGAGGACCCUAAUGGCGUGCCAGAGACCCCCGAUGAUGUCCCUGUAACUCUGGCCCCUGCGGUUGUCCCGGCAGGACUAGCAGCACCUCCCAUUACAGUUGCACCACCCUCUGUUCAGACAUCAGGCCCUGUUGAAGGACAUGUUGGCCCAUGUGAACCGAACCCCUGUGGCGAUGCUUCAUGCACUGCAGAGAACGGCGUUGCCUUCUGUGACGAGGAGCAGCCGUGUGAAGAAGGCUGGACUAAGUUUCAGGGGAACUGCUACCGACACUUCACCGAGAGAGAGACGUGGGUGACAGCGGAGCAGCGCUGCCGCGAUCACAACGCCCACCUGGUCAGCAUCAUCUCCCCAGAGGAGCAGAACUCUGUCAACGCAAAUGCACAAGACUACCAGUGGAUCGGGCUGAAUGACAAGACCAUAGAGAAUGACUUCCAGUGGACUGACGGCACUCCUCUGCAAUACGAGAACUGGAGGCCGAACCAGCCGGACAACUACGUGAACUCUGAAGAAGAUUGUGUGGUGAUGAUCUGGCAUUCUGACGGCCAGUGGAAUGAUGUACCCUGUAGUUAUCAUCUGCCCUUCACCUGCAAGAAAGGCUCAGUGUCCUGUGGUGCCCCGCCGGAGGUGGCCAAUGCUUGCAUGUUUGGCAAAAAGAGGGUGGUGUACCCCGUCGGCUCCAUCAUUCGUUAUCAAUGCAAUCCAGGAUUUAGACAGCGCCAUCUACCGCUGGUGCGCUGUCAACCAGACGGACAGUGGGAGGAGCCCCAAGUGAAAUGCACUGAUGUGAAAAGUCAAAGGAGAGCACAGAGGAGGAGCCGCAGGAGUCCAGAACGCAACAGCAGGCGUCGCUAAGGAGUCAAAAUAGCAAUUUAUUAUUUCAAAAGAACAUUAAUGGGACACAAAAAUGAAUUUUCUAUACAAGUCAAGAAGAUUUCUAGAGGCAAUGUUCUGGAACACACACAUGGGAGUGGCUACACCGUGGUAAUGUGAUUUUUGUUUUCUGUGGCUCCUGUCCUUAUUUUAUUGUUCUGGUUGUUAAUGGUUAUUGUGUGUCUUGUAAUAUAUUUUUGUUUAGUAUUGCUGGCACACUUUGAUUCACAGAUGGUACGUUCUGCUGUAGAUGUUAUCAUAGAGACGGACGCUGGUGCAGGAAUCAUGUUAACAUGAUUCAUGAAGUCAGGCACCAAAAAGUUAUACGUGUGGGUGUAUGUGGCACGCCGGAGAUACUUCUGCAGGUUCAAGGUUAUUCCUUCUUUUUCAAAUUCAGCUGAGGGUCAGUUGAAGAUUUACACAGUAGUGUAACUAGUGCAGUUACAAUUAAAUGGCAUGAGCUUGUAAGACAGCUCUAAAGCUGAGUGAUCCCUAACAGGCCGCAUACAUGAAGAUAUAUGAGUUCAGUCAUUUGGACUUUUGGGUUAUGUUUGGGCAGAAAUGAUCCAAGUUUAACUAGAACUGAGGGGACUGUGCUAUCACACCUGUUAGGUGGUUUAAUUUAGACCCGGGGUUGUUUUUCCGAGUGUCACGUGAACAGACUUUGUAACAAACUGAGGACAUAAAGUCACAAUAGUUCUCACUAGUUCUCAUUAAAUAAAUCAGUAAUAUUGUGAAUUUAUCUGUGAUUUUAUUGUUGGUAUACAGCUGAGAGGUUCAUUCAACUACUGUGGCGAUCCAUGUUAUGCAAGAACUAGCCAAAAAUCUAUAUUAUUUAAUAUGAAUAUUAUAUUUGCUUACUGCAUAGAAAGAAGAUUCAGUAAAGAAAAACUCAGCACUUGUGUAUCAUUGACAUUGUAUGAAAUCUCAAAAUUCUGGGUGCCCAGAGAGGCCUUAUGGACAUGAAGCAUGGCCGAGCUAAAUCCAGUGGAUGAGACAAAUGAAAAAAAGACAAGAAGGAAGAAUUUAUAGUGAACAAAAAGCAAACAGCCAACGGUCCAAUAUGCCUUAUUACUGAGCCAGUAACUAUUGUCCAAGACAACAGCAGCAUUAGCAGCACACACGAGCUUCUGCUCAGCUCAAGCUUUAUUUCUUAAUUAUGUUAUGCCUAAAGCAGUCAGUUUGUCACGCUGGCUGGUUUUAGCGUUCUCUUCUAUGUUCAGGCAUUAAUCAUCCGCCACGAGCUGUGCAGUGCGUAGCUUCUCAGCGGAGCUACAACAAUGAGCCUGUUUCCUGUUUCAUGUCUGUAACGUCAGAAGAAAUGCACGGAGCCCGUCAGCUGCCAUGUUUCUCUGCAAACACAGGAUUUAUUUGUGUGGACGAGUCAUGUCUGCAGAGAAGGUCUUCAUCUGUGCGAGAGACUUCAUUAUGUGUUUGGUGUUUCUCGAUCAUUCUGGCACAGUUCUCUCAUCAUACUAAAUACGUUCAGCAGCCACUUUAUUAGGUACGCCUAUGCAUUACAGUAAUGCACCCAUGUCAGCGAGUCAAAGCCUUUAGUCAUGCAGACGUGGACAGUCUGCUGAAGUUCAAACACACAGAUGAAUAACUCGUCACAGAUGUUUCUGUUGUCACAGAUAAACUGGCGCACACUGUAGAAAAAUGUCACCUUAUGGGACCACAGGGGCUCUUUGCUGCAGACGUUACAGUUUCUUUAUUUCCCAACUUUGACUGCAUUCAUUCGUACACUUGUUUUAUGUCACUGAUGCUGUACAUGGAGGCUGUGCCUCUUUAAAAAGCAUAAACCAAAGAGCAAGAGUUCACCUUCAAAGCUGUGCAUGUUUCUGACAUAGAAUCUUUUUUACUGAAUAA